AUGAAGGAAUCUUCUGUUCACCAUCCACCGUCCACUACUCAUCAUCGUCUGUCCAUCGUGGUCAACUGUCCACCACCCGUAGUUCACCAUGCACCGUCCACUGUUGACCAUCGCCUGUCUAUCGUGGUCAACUGUCCACCACCCGUAGUUCACCAUCCACCGUCCACUAUUUAUCGUCGUCUGUCUAUUGUGGUCAACUGUCCACCACCAGUAGUUCACCAUCCACCGUCCCCUAUUUAUCGUCGCCUGUCUAUCGUGGUCAACUGUCCACCACCAGUAGUUCACCAUCCACCAUCCACUAUUUAUCGUCGCCUGUCUAUCGUGGUCAACUGUCCACCAAUCGUAGUUCACCAUCCACCGUCCACUAUUUAUCGUCGCCUGUCUAUCGUGGUCAACUGUCCACCAAUCGUAGUUCACCAUCCACCAUCCACUAUUUAUCGUCGCCUAUCUAUCGUGGUCAACUGUCCACCACCCGUAGUUCACCAUCCACCGUCCACUAUUUAUCGUCGCCUGUCUAUCGUGGUCAACUGUCCACCAAUCGUAGUUCACCAUCCACCAUCCACUAUUUAUCGUCGCCUAUCUAUCGUGGUCAACUGUCCACCACCCGUAGUUCACCAUCCACCGUCCACUAUUUAUCGUCGCCUGUCUAUUGUGGUCAACUGUCCACCACCAGUAGUUCACCAUCCACCGUCCCCUAUUUAUCGUCGCCUGUCUAUCGUGGUCAACUGUCCACCACCAGUAGUUCACCAUCCACCAUCCACUAUUUAUCGUCGCCUGUCUAUCGUGGUCAACUGUCCACCAAUCGUAGUUCACCAUCCACCGUCCACUAUUUAUCGUCGCCUGUCUAUCGUGGUCAACUGUCCACCACCCGUAGUUCACCAUGCACCGUCCACUGUUGACCAUCGCCUGUCUAUCGUGGUCAACUGUCCACCACCCGUAGUUCACCAUCCACCGUCCACUAUUUAUCGUCGCCUGUCUAUCGUGGUCAACUGUCCACCAAUCGUAGUUCACCAUCCACCAUCCACUAUUUAUCGUCGCCUAUCUAUCGUGGUCAACUGUCCACCACCCGUAGUUCACCAUCCACCGUCCACUAUUUAUCGUCGCCUGUCUAUUGUGGUCAACUGUCCACCACCAGUAGUUCACCAUCCACCGUCCCCUAUUUAUCGUCGCCUGUCUAUCGUGGUCAACUGUCCACCACCAGUAGUUCACCAUCCACCAUCCACUAUUUAUCGUCGCCUGUCUAUCGUGGUCAACUGUCCACCAAUCGUAGUUCACCAUCCACCGUCCACUAUUUAUCGUCGCCUGUCUAUCGUGGUCAACUGUCCACCACCAGUAGUUCACCAUCCACCGUCCACUAUUCAUCGUCGUCUAUCUAUCGUGGUCAACUGUCCACCACUCGUAGUUCACCAUCCACCGUCCAAUAUUUAUCGUCGCCUGUCUAUCGUGGUCAACUGUCCACCACCAGUAGUUCACCAUCCACCAUCCACUAUUUAUCGUCGCCUGUCUAUCGUGGUCAACUGUCCACCAAUCGUAGUUCACCAUCCACCGUCCACUAUUUAUCGUCGCCUGUCUAUCGUGGUCAACUGUCCACCACCAGUAGUUCACCAUCCACCGUCCACUAUUCAUCGUCGUCUAUCUAUCGUGGUCAACUGUCCACCACUCGUAGUUCACCAUCCACCAUCCACUAUUUAUCGUCGCCUGUCUAUCGUGGUCAACUGUCCACCAAUCGUAGUUCACCAUCCACCGUCCACUAUUUAUCGUCGCCUGUCUAUCGUGGUCAACUGUCCACCACCAGUAGUUCACCAUCCACCGUCCACUAUUCAUCGUCGUCUAUCUAUAGAGGUCAACUGUCCACCACUCGUAGUUCACCAUCCACCGUCCAAUAUUUAUCGUCGUCUGUCUAUCGUGGUCAACUGUCCACCACCCGUAGUUCACCAUCCACCGUCCACUAUUCAUCGUCGUCUAUCUAUCGUGGUAAACUGUCCACCACCCGUAGUUCACCAUCCACCGUCCACUAUUCAUCGUCGUCUAUCUAUCGUGGUCAACUGUCCACCACCCGUAGUUCACCAUCCACCGUCCACUAUUUAUCGUCGUCUGUCUAUCGUGGUCAACUGUCCACCAAUCGUUGUUCACCAUCCAUCGUCCACUAUUCAUCGUCGUUUAUCUAUCGUGGUCAACUGUCCACCACCCUAG